GCUAGGCAGCCUUUUAUAUGAUAGUUCUGAUCUCAAAGCAAUUUAAACCUUCAAACCCCUUGAAUGUUGUGCGGUUGUGUGUGAUGUGGUGAAAAAAAAAUUCCUUUGUCAAGUUGAUCGAAUACCCAUUUAUUGGACCUAUUUGGAUUUCCAUAUUUUGGAUAACAUAAAGUACUUUGAUCGCAAGAACAUUUGAACAUGACUUCUACGACGGAUAUUUGGACAAACGUACGCAAAGGGAAUAUUUCUCAAAUAUUUUUAUCCGAGUCUCGAUAAUGGAUGAAACGCAUUUCUAAAAGUUAUGAUCCGGUGGUGGUGUUCGUAAACACCCCGGGACGAGUGGAGUCAUGCCUCGUGCUAAGAAAAGCACUCGUCUGUCUUCCGCUCCCUCUCCGUCCCCAAUGGCACCCGUGCCAGUGGAUCUGGCGGCACUGCAGGACGCGGCCACCCAUCCUGCCGAGAACUAUGAGGAGGUGUCGUUGAUCGGCACUGGCACCUAUGGCACCGUUUACAAGGCCAGGGACUUGGCCAACGAGGGACAGUUCGUGGCCCUCAAGAAGGUCCGGGUGCCAAUCUCCGAAGACGGGAGUGCCCGUCAGCCCGCUUAGGGAGAUCACUCUACUUCGACACAUGGAAUCCUUUGAGCACCCUAACGUCGUCAGGUUGCUUGAUAUAUGCCAUGGCCCUCGAUUAGAGUCGGAGAUAAUCCUCUACCUCGUGUUCGAACAUAUCGACCAAGACCUGUCCACCUACUUGGAGAGGUGUCCCAAACCCGGUUUAUCGCCCGAAAUGAUUAAGGACAUUCUGUACCAGAUGCUGAGCGCAGUGGACUUUCUGCACAGCAAUCGUAUUGUACAUAGAGAUUUGAAGCCGCAGAAUGUGCUUAUAACCAAUGCCGGGCAAGUGAAAGUUGCCGAUUUUGGGUUGGCCAGGAUAUUCGACAAGCAGAUGCCAAUUACGUCUGUGGUGGUUACGCUAUGGUACCGGUCCCCUGAAGUUCUACUUCAGUCUAGUUACGCCACAGCAGUCGACCUGUGGAGUUGCGGUUGUAUAUUUGCGGAACUCUUCAGGAGAAAGCCUUUGUUUUGCGGCUCAUCCGAAGUUGACCAGCUGCGGAAAAUAUUCGAGAUAUUAGGGGCUCCCGAUGAAGAGGACUGGCCCGAAGUAUCAGUGCCUUGGGCUUCGUUCAAGAUGUACAGAAAAAGGCCCUUACAGUCAUUUGUACCAGAAAUUAGCCGAGAGGGCUUAGAUCUUUUACAAGAAAUGCUCAUAUUUGACCCUAUUCGAAGAAUCUGCGCGAGGGAUGCCCUGAAGCACGAUUACUUCAAAGAUUUCGAAUUACAUUCGCCAAAAUACAAAGCCAGGAAGCCCAGGAGAUCUACAGUUUCUGUGGGCACUGAGCCUGGAACCAGUGCUGCAGCGCACAGAAAAUAACCUUGG